CUGCGCGUAUCCAGCUACAGACGCUCCUCACGCACAUCGUCACCGUCGCAACAAUCGUGCUCUGGCUGGGUAACACUUGGCCCGACAGACAAGUGACACGCUCAAAUUCCUCACGUCACAGCAAAGCGCGAGAGCUGUUGGUGCAUCUCGACCUAGGCGGGCUACUUGGGCUGAGCCGGUGUCUGGGCUCGAUACUUCGUCAAGACUUCGAAGCUGGCACGCCGACAAGGACGGAAUCACGCCAAGCAUCGCACACACAUCUCGCACCCGGAAGAUUGUGGCACAAAAGUCCCGUAUGGACUCACGGCCACCAGGUUCGGUGUCAUUGUACACAGCCACGGCAGUAAGGCCGCUAGGUCAUGCGACCUACCAUGCCGAGCUGGUGCAGAGCUUCAGCAACGGGACUGUGCCUAACGGCGGAUACGUGGCGUCAUGCCUGAUGAGCGCGGCCGCUGCCCAUCUCAAAGCCCGCGGCCAGGCAGACAUCAUCACCGCUCACUUUGAGUUCACCAGCCGCACAGAGGUCGGCCCGGCUGUCAUCGUGGUGGAGGAGGUCAAGCUGGGCCGGCGGCUCUCGACCUUGCACGUCGCUUUGUAUCAGGGCAGCCUGCAGCCGGACCAGGCACCGCAUCUUACGUUACCACCAUCAGCAGGGGCAGCAAUCUCGGGCAAACCUCCCCCGUCGAGGAGACAGGUAGUGGCGUACUUCAACUGCGGCAGCCUCGAAAUCGAAAGGGGCAUCACGCUGCCCACGGGGUACGACUUUGCCGACACGACGAGGGUGCCCAAACCACAGAGACCCGAUCUCGCGGCCCUGUCGCGGGACCAGGACCGCACCUGGGCCCGCAUGCGGAUCCCGGACAAGCUGGGCGGGCUGGAGCGGCGGGCCCUGCACAACAUGGAGUACUACUUCCCCCGCGCGGGCCAGCUCAGGAAGAGUGUCAUUGACGUCUGGCUGCGCCUCGCCGAGCCGGGUUCGCGAUUCAACAAUGUCUCCCUGGGGUAUGUCGCGGAUUCGUGGCCGUAUGUGGUCGAGGCCUACCGCGGGUCGGGCACGACGAAGAGCACGGCAACCACCACGACGCGAUAUGCUGAGGAGGAUGAGAUCCGUGAGGACGACAUCUUCUGGUUUCCGACCGUGGUUAUGAAUCUGGACGUCAAGAAGUCGUUGGCAGGGCGCGGCGGCGUCGAGUGGCUUUCCAUGCGUGUCGAGGCCAAGCAGAUCAGGAACGGCCGGUUGGAUAUGGAGGUUGUGCUGCUCGACGAGGCGGGCGGCUUGGUGGCGAUAUGUCACCAUGUCAACCUGAUUGUGGGAGGAGAGCGCAAUCUGAAGAGAAGGACAAAGCUGUGACCUGAGAGGACAGAUACGGGAAAGACUGACCUGUUCCGCAUCGUGCUGUCUGUUCCCAUGGCCGUGGGCCGAGGUCAUUGACUCGGUACCCGUCUUGAUCUAUCCGGACUCGCCCGACCUCAUGUUCCUGAAGAGCCAUGGCAUGCCCGAGCACGACAUCGACUUUCUGCUGCGGGAGAGUGUUCACCCGAUAUCCUGCGGAGAGACCCCCUC